AUGCCGAUAACGCGGUCAACAGGAAGAGGACGGAUCGAAACAAAACAGUCGCCGCCCUCAGAAACCACAGCUACAACACAGAGCGUGUGGACAGAAACAACCGCGAAUACCGUCAUGAGUCUGGUAGCCCCCACAGCAGAAUCAUUGUGCGCAACAGCCAACAUGGAAGCCACGAUGAAAGUCGCAGAGAAACCUGGGAACUCAAAAACAGAGGCCGUCAAACAGUAUAUAGCCAAACAGAAUGACGUGCCAACAAAACAGCGCGCCGGUACAGUCAAAACUGACCGGUCGCGAAACAGAAAAGAACAGAAGAUAGCCAAAGCUAGAGAAGAGCUCGCCCGCCUACAGGUGGAGUUAGCAGCCGCCCGAUUGGCCACGCUCGAAGCUGGAUCUGAUGACGAAAACAGCGAAUCAGAAUACAGUAAGUCAGAACUCGACGAAAGAGUGGGCACGUGGUUGGAAACCCAACCCACAAAAACAGAAAAUGACGACCAGCAUAAUGAAAAACCGGCGGGAACCUGCGACAAACAAGACUUCUCAGAUCUAACCGCAGCAAUAACACUCGCCGUCAAAGCCGCCCGCGAACCAAGAUACACAGAAUUGCCAUUCUUUAAUGGAAAUCACCAAGAUUGGCUAUCCUUUCGUGCAGCCUAUCACGAGACGAUGAAUUCAUUUACAAAAACAGAAAAUAUAAACAGACUCAGAAGGAACCUGAAAGGAAGGGCAAAGGAAGCCGUUGACGGAUUACUUAUAACGAACGCUGAUCCGUCCGACGUCAUAAGAAGUCUAGAAGCGCGAUUCGGAAGACCGGAAACAAUAGCCAUAACGGAGUUAGACACGCUACGAGCGCUGCCAAGACUAACAGAAACACCAAGAGACAUUUGUAUAUUCUCCAGUAAGGUGACCAACGCCGUAGCUACGCUUCGUGCAUUAAAUUGCACACAUUACUUAUAUAAUCCGGAAACUACCAAAACAAUGUUAGAAAAACUCACACCAACACUACGUUACCGAUACUACGACUUCACCGCGGUACAACCGAAGGAGGAUCCGGAUCUGAUUAAAUUUGAAAAAUUCAUGAAAAGAGAAGCCGAACUGUGCAGCCCUUAUGCACAGCCCGAACAGGCGGGGCACUACUCGCAGCCCGCACAACACAACAGACGCACACAGAACGUGCACAUAGUCAGUGAGAAGCCAUCACGAGCUAAAUGUCCGGUAUGUAGCAACACUGAACACACCACAACAGGCUGUUACAUCUUCAAGAAGGCAGACUCAAACACAAGAUGGGACAUCGCCAAGAAUAAACACCUGUGUUUCCGAUGUCUACAGUAUAAGAAUAAAACCCACAACUGCAAACCGAACACGUGUGGCAUCAAUGACUGCAAAUACACUCACAACAAGAUGCUGCACUUCGACAGAAAAAUUGAAAAAACAGACAAGAGUAACAAGGAAACAACAGAGAACAUUAAUUCCGCUUGGACCGGAAAACAGAAACAGUCCUAUUUGAAAAUAAUCCCAGUCCAAGUACAAGGACCGAUAGGCACGGUUGAUACAUACGCGCUGCUUGACGAUGGAUCGACGGUGACACUCAUAGACGAAAUCAUUCGCAAGAAGACUGGAAUAACAGGAUCAAUCGAUCCGUUACACAUACAGGCGAUUAACAACAUAAAAUCAACGGAAACAAGGUCAAGAAGAGUCAACCUCACGCUCAGAAGCCUCAACAGUCGAAAAGAAAUAAUACAAGCGAGAACAGUUAACGACCUACAAGUAACAGCACAAAAAAUACCAAAGGAACAGAUAGAUGAGUAUUCGCACCUACGAGACAUCAGUGACAUCAUCACGUACGAGAACGCGAAACCUGGAAUACUGAUUGGCCAAGACAACUGGCACAUGUUACUAGCUUCGAAAGUUAGACGAGGCAACAGGAAUCAGCCAAUAGCGUCACGGACACCUCUAGGCUGGGUACUGCAUGGAGGUCGCACUCGUACCCUAGGCCACCACAUAAACUACAUAAAUCAUGCUAGCGAAAACCAGGAAGAUGAUAAAAUAGAAAAUCUGGUAAAACAGUGUUUCGCUAUGGAUGCGCUAUGCAUCACACCAAGAAGACCAAAAACAGACCCAGAGGAACAGGCGCUUCGCAUCCUCAACAGCAAUACAGUCCACACAACAGAUGGAAGAUACGAAACUGCUCUGCUCUGGAAAACAGAUAAUGUCAGUCUACCAGACAACUACAAUAACUCGUUAAAGCGACUGAUAAAUAUAGAAAACAAACUUGAUCGUAAUUCGGAACUGAAACAGAAAUACACAGAACAGAUGGAAGCACUCGUUGCGAAAGGCUACGCCGAGCCCGCUCCAAAAACAAAAACAGAGAACAGAACGUGGUAUCUACCUCACUUCGCCGUCGUGAACCCCCUGAAGCCGGAAAAACUCCGAGUCGUCCACGACGCCGCCGCCAGAACAAGAGGGGUAGCUUUAAAUGAUAUGCUGCUUAAGGGACCGGACCUACUCCAAUCACUACCAGGAGUGAUAAUGCGAUUCAGACAGCAUAAUAUAACAGUAAUAGCAGACAUCAAAGAGAUGUUCAUACAAGUAAAAUUGAGACAUGAAGACAGAGACGCGCUCCGUUAUCUCUGGUGCAAAGAUCAGCGAGAUGACAAGCCCCCAGAAGAAAACAGAAUGACCUCGUUGAUCUUCGGUGCGUCAAGUUCUCUUUCCACAGCGAUAUCUGUAAAGAGCUUGAACGCCCAGCAACAUGUAGCCACGCACCCGGAGGCGGCAGCCGCAAUACAGAAUAAACACUACGAAGACGACUUCUUAGACAGUUUUAAAGGUUUAAAAGAUGCAGUACGCAUAACAACAGACGUUCGUCGAAUACACGAAAAAGCUCAUUUUGAAUUAAAACAGUGGAAGUCAAACUCGCCGAGCCUACUUGAAACCCUUGGUGAAAACGAAAAUGGAAAUCAAGUGGAACUGUACAAGCCUGAAGAAAAAACUGAACGAGUACUCGGGCUCAUAUGGAAAACAGAAAAGGACGUGCUUACCUUCGACCUCAAUCUGACAAGAAUACCUCCACCGCUCGUCGAAGGCAAGAAGCCGACCAAGAGAGAAGCACUAAAAGUCGUAAUGUCGUUAUUCGAUCCGCUAGGCUUCGUGUCCCCAGUCACAAAUAGAGCAAAACAACUUCUGCAAGAAGUGUGGCGGCGAGGAACAUCAUGGGACGAUGAAAUAGAUAACGACCUGUCGACACACUGGCAGGCCUGGGUGAAGCAGCUGAGAAACCUGCACAAUAUAGCCAUCCCAAGAUGUUACUUAAACUACAGCGACACGACCACAUUACAGCUACACGUCUUCACCGACGCAAGUGAAUCCGCCUACGCUGCAGCACUAUACUGGCGAACGAUAAGUCCGAAUAAUAGAAUCGACGUGUCACUGAUUAUGAGCAAAGCAAAGGUAGCGCCCCUGAAACUCACUUCUAUACCGAGACUGGAACUACAAGCCGCCACUCUCGAAGCACGCCUCGCUGAAGCUGUAAUAGCGGAACACGACAGAAAGCCGGAUUCGAAGACCUUCUGGACCGACAGUAAGACAGUAUUAACAUGGAUAAGAACGGGAUCACGCUCGUACAAACCAUACGUCGCCCACCGCCUGGCUGCUAUAGAAGAUAGUUCAACAGUAAACGAGUGGCGAUGGGUACCCACGAAGCACAACUUAGCCGACAACGUGACCCGAGACGUCCUAAUGCCAUACCAAUAUGAACAUAGAUGGUUCAGAGGGACAGAAUUCCUACGCCAACGAGAGGACUCCUGGCCGACGGAAUCAGCGUCAGAAACUACAGAACCGAUGGGUGAAGUAAAUAUAGCAGCUGCAGCACCGGCGGGAGCCUCAUGGCCGAGGCGUCGCCAUGAAAAGUGGAAGUGCCAGUCACGAAACACGCGCAUGCGAGGGAGAAGCGAUAGCAACGUAUCCUGGUCCGGACAACGUGACAACGUGAGGCGCAUCGUAGACAUCAGAACCAAGGGUGGAGUUCUACGGAGACCAGUACGAAAACUACUGAUCCUGCCCAUCGAAGAAGACCAUCCUGCACCGAGAAGAAUGCGACGGACUCGCACGGCGGGAGUAAUGUGCAGGACGAAAUAG